GGAGGUUUCAUUAGUGUGGUUUAAGUAGCUCCCGAAGAAAUGAUUUUGCUAAUCUCGUCCUUCCAUCAAUAAUAAAUACAAAUAGUAAGGUGGAGUCUGUAACGAGAGAGCAGACGCCAGGAGUAAGACGAAGCAGUAGAAGAUAAGCGUUUCGCAACCUCUCUCUCUCUCUCUGCCUGCUUCGAGAGGUCUUUUGAUUCUUCUCAGCCGAGGAUCCAGAGAUGGCGGCGGCGGCGAGUACGGAAUCGAGGAAUCAGGCGUCGAUUCCGCCGUACAUGAAGGCAGUCUCGGGGUCGCUCGGCGGAGUCGUCGAGGCUUGUUGUCUGCAACCGAUUGAUGUCAUCAAGACGCGUCUCCAGCUAGAUCGCGGCGGCGUGUACAAGGGAAUCGCGCACUGCGGUUCCACGGUGGUUCGUACCGAAGGCGUUCGCGCGCUCUGGAAAGGUUUAACUCCGUUCGCGACUCAUCUCACGCUCAAGUACACGCUUCGGAUGGGAUCCAACGCCAUGUUCCAAACCGCGUUCAAGGAUUCCGAGACCGGAAAGCUCAGCAACCGUGACCGUUUUCUUUCCGGAUUUGGCGCUGGUGUUCUCGAAGCUCUCGCCAUUGUUACGCCCUUUGAGGUGGUUAAGAUUAGACUUCAGCAGCAGAAAGGAUUAAGUCCCGAGCUAUUCAAGUACAAAGGGCCCAUACAUUGUGCUCGAACCAUCGUGAGAGAAGAAAGCAUAUUGGGGCUAUGGUCAGGUGCAGCACCAACGGUUAUGCGUAACGGCACCAACCAAGCAGUGAUGUUCACUGCAAAAAAUGCCUUUGACGUCCUCUUGUGGAACAAACACGAAGGCGACGGUAAAGUCUUGCAGCCAUGGCAAUCAAUGGUCUCAGGGUUCCUAGCCGGAACCGCAGGUCCCUUCUGCACCGGGCCGUUUGAUGUGGUCAAGACGAGGCUGAUGGCUCAGAGCCGAGACAGUGAAGGUGGGGUGAAAUAUAAAGGGAUGGUUCAUGCGAUUAGAACGAUUCAUGCAGAGGAAGGAUUAUUGGCUUUAUGGAGAGGAUUGUUGCCGAGGCUAAUGAGGAUUCCUCCAGGACAAGCCAUUAUGUGGGCUGUUGCUGAUCAGGUCACUGGUCUCUAUGAGAAGAGAUAUCUCCUGAAUGCUCCUUUGUAGAGAGAUACACUUAUUCUUACAAGUCAGAGGGUUUGUUGUUGAUUUAUUUCUGUAACUCUUGUUCGGAUUUUGGAAUCCAAAUUCGAUUCUCCCGAAAACGAUUUGAGCAAGAAAUAAUAUAAAACGACCACAUUUUUUUGAGUUACAA